UCUAAGGGAGGUUUGGGUAGGGGCAGGAGAAGGCUGCAGGUGGAUGCCGUGGGAUGCACGGAGGAGCAAGAGGUAACAGGAGACUGAGGAGGCGAAGUGGUGGAAGCAGUAGCGAAUGUGUGAAAUCAGGGCAAGAUGAGAUGAAGUGACCUCUGAUUUGACAACUGUCCGUUUUCUCAGUGGAAAAUCUUGACAGAGUGCUCGCUCCUGUGUCCCCAGGUGUCAUUAGCUUUGGGAUACUGAUGGUUGGUUUGGUCAUGAGCCUGUAGCCAUCUACUGUGUGCUGGGGUUGGUGAGGAAGGGUGCUGAGCAGAUGCAGCCUUUUCAAGGGAAGUCAGUUUGGUUUUUGGUGGUUUUUUACGUGGUAUGUAGGAGUUACGGUAUAUUAAUAGCUAGUUUAACUCUCUGCAGGACUCUUGGCAAAGGACUGUUUUAAGGAGGCAUUUGAGGGUAGCUAGUAUAGUUGCCAUGGAGUGCAGGACACCAGAGGAGCAAGAGCAGAGGCGUGCAUUUUAAGAUCUUCCACUUGGAUGGUGGAGGUAGACCUUGGGAAGGCUGAGCAAUGGUGGGAGCUGAACUCUCCAUUAUAACUGAGGUGGGGGUAGUCUCUGUGGUCUUGGAAAACAAAGACUAGCAGUUUCAGGCUACUCUUGCAGAAAAGGAGGAUCUGGCAGGUGGAAGCACCAUGGGUGUUAUGUCAGUGUAACGAGCUGGAAAAAUGCAUUUUGGAGUAGUGUUCGGGUGGAGGUUAGCAGGGUGAGGCUGGGCUUCUUGAGGCCAGAGGAAAGCAUGUGUUACAGCAAUCAGAAGACAAGCUGGCAGGGGCAUGGGUGGGAGUUACAGCUGUUUUGGAAGCUUGUGAAAACCGUAUGGAGCCUUUAAAGCCUGAAGAUGUAGAGGGUGAUCCAUGCUGAAGACGAUACGCAGGUUACAGAUAAAGAUUAAAGAAGCAGGUACAAAGUGUGUGUUCCCCUGGCAGGUGCAGCAGCAUCCUGGACAAAUUAACCCCAUCAACUCCUUUUUGGGAAUUGCAUUUGCUGAAAGUGGUGUAGUUCUGCUGUUUUUUUUUUUUCUUAGGCUAACGCUGGAUUUUGCCCGUUCUUCAGGAGUAUUGGUUUCAGUUGGCAACUCUUAAAAAUCAGAUGAAAUUGCAUGGAGGCCUCCUGUGGAUGUUGACAAAGCAAGAUAAUAGCCUUAUAUGUAUUAGUUAAGCUAAUAUGGAAAACCAGAGUUUAGACUAAUGUUUUUUCAUCCAAUGAUCUCGCAUCUUAUUGUAAAAACUGUGUUGAAAGAUUUUAACACAGAUCUAUAAUUAUGAUCCUUCUUUUAGGGAUAUUUAUGGUUGCCUCUCCUUUAUGAAUGGGAAAGGAGUAAGUUUUCUCAAGCAAUGAAUUAACUGGGUAACAGAGGUCCUGAUGUCUUGUUUGCCUAUUAACAGUGUGAACCUUUUACAGAUUAGUAUUCUAGCGGAUGCAGUAAGAAAAGGUUGUGAAGAUGUAAGGGGGGGGGGAAGUUGUGAUAUAACAGGAAUGAUUUUAAGUAAGAAAGCCCACGCAGAGGUAUUAAUACAGAUUAAUUUACAGACUAAUUCCUGUGAUCAGAAUCUGAACCGAUGCUGUGAAAUAAUACAACUGAACUCUGAGAUUCAAGGGCAGCUCUUCACAAUCCUCAAUGAAACAUCUCGAGAAGGCGGGCAUUAUGCAGGUGUGGAAACAAUAAAAACUCGUCCCCUGCCAUGGCUAGGGACUUGUUUUUCCUGUGCUACUUCAGGAAGGCUCUUUGAAACCAACCUUUCUCUCACUCAGGAUUCAAUUGAGAAAGACAGGCAGCUGAGAGAGCUGGCCAGCAAUCAGGCUUUUCAACUGCAAAAGCUUCAGGAAGAACUGACUUCAACUCAUCUACAGCUCGACCAUAUAGAAGAAGAUCUGGCAAAAACCCAGUUGGCUCUUGAAGACACAAAGACCAAAUCAGCCACUACUCUUUUGGCAGCAGAAGACGAAAUUGUUCAGCUAAAAGCAGCUCUGAAGACUUCCCAUGCCCAAGAGAAGGAUGCCCUGAGGAAGUUAGCUCGUCUGAAUGACUAUGAGCGGCAGAUUCAAAUACUGCGGGAUGAGAUUUCUAUCCUGGAUGCCCAAAAGUCUGUUCUCCAGAGCAGGCUUGCACGGAGCCGUUCUCCUUCCCCAAGGCACAGAGUGAGCAGGUCACCUGGUUCAUUUCCGCUGAGGAGCUGUUCACCUGGCCAAGCCAGGCGUAAAAACGCUUCACGUCGUGCCUGCCUGGUAGCUCGCUUUGGUGACAUUUAUGCUCAGGAACGCUUGGAUGCAGAGACCCUUUUGAGGACGUACAUCAGUGAUGUGGAGAUGGUACAGAGGAUAAUAUACAUUGCAGCUGUGGAGUCUUUUCGUGCUGCAAAGAUGGCCUACAGACAGUUCAAAAUACGUGUAAGAGAGACUCUGUCUCUAGGUCACUCAGGGCCAGAGUCACUUGAAGACACUGUCCUGGAUUAUAUAGUUCGCCAUGAGGAUCUGUAUGACGUUCAAGCCAGUGUCAAUGAAGUAAUUCGCUCCAUGAACAUCAGCCCAAAGAUUUCAUUGCCACCAGAAAUCGAUUUCAUUGUGAUCAGCUCUUUGAUUCGAGAGUUGUGCCGUGUGGCUUUUUCAAUGCAGACACUUGUUCCUCCUCUUGAUAUUGCCUUUGGUACUGAUGGAGAGCUUUUCAGUGAGACCAAGUACCGUCAUAGUUUUGGCUCUGAUUUCACAGCUGCCUUGGUGGCCUAUCAUGUGUGGCCUGCUCUGAUGGAAAAUGACGUUGUAAUUGUGAAAGGAGAGGCAGUCACAAAAAGAGGAGCUCUGUGGUCUCGCAGAAGUAGAAGCCGCAGCCGUAGCACCAGUCCUCUUCUAUCUCAUCACGUGUCUCAAAGCCACAGUCCUUCACCAGUGAGGAGCGGAAGCCCAAGACGUUAACUGAAUGUGUUCCUGUGAAUCAGUACAUCUGGAUCCAAUGACUUCACUGGUGCCUUUUCUCUUCAAGAAUACCUCAAAUCUCGCAAUAAUGUGAAUGAAUGGCAAUUGUCACUCCAAAUGAAAUUUGUGUUCAGUGUGGUCUAUAGAAAUAUAGAAGACUUAUUUAUAAUUUUAGAAACUAAUUCAGCCCUUCUAAUUUAAGGAAAAAAAAAAGGUGCUUGCAAUACUUGCAAAAAAAGGAUUAUACUUAUUUGGCAAAAUUUGCAGAGCACUGAGGAACCCAUGAUGUAAUCCUGCAGAUGGAGAUAGAAUUAUUCAAUCUAGAAUGUUUUCCACAGAUACCAAACAAUGCAAUUAUCUUGAUAGGAUGCUUAAUAUAACCUAAAUGGUGAAUGUUGCAGAAAGUUGAGGUUAGCUGUUACUUGAAAACAGUUUCAUUAAUUGGUGCUUAUUUACAAUUUUAGAAAAUAGCAAUAAUCUUAGUAUGUGCCAGACUCACACAGCAUCCUUUUAAAUACUCCUUGCAGUUAACUGAAUUUUCUAACUACAGUGCAAAAGUUGCACAGAACAGUCAUAAACUACCAAUACUCCAGAAAUCUACAGGACUUCAUUGACAUAUAGUUCUGAAAGCAUGGGUAUAUGCUUUAGCAAGGCAGUAACAGUCCUUGUUAAAUUCAUUGUUACUUAGAAAUUAAUAUCAUAAAAAACCCUUGCAGUUUGGAACUUAAAAGUAUUUUGAAUCUGUGCCACCGACUAUUUGUAAGCUUGAAAUAUUUGCUUGAGAUGGUCUAAUCCAGGGGUCCUCAAACUACGGCCCGCGGGCUGGAUACAGCCCCCCAGGGUCCUCAAUCCGGGCCCUGCUAUUUACAGAACCCCCCCGCCGGGGGUUGGGGGGGGAACCAAGCAGCCGCAGAUGGCUGCCUGCCACUGCAUCCGUGCGCCGGCCCCCUGGUUAAAAAGUUUGAGGACCCCUGGUCUAAUCAGUAUCACUUUUAAUGGGCUUUCAUACCAGACUGAUAGAUUACUAAUUCUUGAGAACACGGUGAAAAAACCUUGUCAAAUUAUCUCUCACUGUGGGUGUUUAUUACAUGUUAAAUGUAAAGAUUAGAGACAUGGAGAGAUUUUAUUCUGGCACUUUAAAUAGUUUGUUCCCCUUGUAAAUGUUUAUUUUGAUGUCAGCAUUCUUGGUUUUGAGAGAACGGAUUCUGUUUUUCUCCAGAACCUAAUCCGUAGGGCCAGCCAUGAACACAAGCCACACAAAUGACUGCUUGGGGCCUUGUACUUUUACACAGAAACAUAGGAUUUGUCAUAAUGGAGCUGAUGUGUAAUUCACCAACUCCACUGUCUUAUUCCAGUCAAUACUCGAUGUUUCAAAGGUAUGUGGAGCUUUCCCCAGAUUCAUCUCAACAAUUUUGCAAUAUAAAAAUUGCUUUCUGCCUCCUCUUUAUCAGCCUAUACCCAGGACCGUGACAUUUCAUUAGUACUACUGUAAUAACAUGAGCAAAAAUAUUCUUAAGUCUGAAACUGUUGAGUUCUUGAAAAUAAGUUACAGGAGCAGAUUUUGUGAUCCCUUUUCAGGGAUUCUAUGCAGAUUUACACACCAUGUUCUUUAUCUCUUCUUGUGUGGCUUAAGACUUUGGUGCAAGGCUAUUUGGCAGAGGACCAGACUUCAGGCAGACUCAUUGGUCCCCAUGAGCCAUGGAUUGGCUGUGACUCUAGUUCUACAGACUUAUUUUCAUUGGAAUUAGGCCCAUAAGUAACCAGGGAGAGCAAAAUGAGGUCUUGUACAUAGUUGUUCGCAGAGCCACUCUGAAUGAACUAAGGGGACACAAAGGCACAUGCACGUAUGCAGUGUACUUCUUGUUAUCUAAGCAAGUCACGAGAGAAAAUGCUAAAGCAAUACAUUUCCUCUUCAAAGAGCGUGAUUGUUGGUCACAGCUAUGGAUCUGAGCUUAAAGUAAACCUGCAUAUUUCUGUGCUGAUCUCAUGACUAAAACCACCACAGCUCUGGAAAAACUAAGCACCUGCAACCUGUGUGGCAAUAGAAGACAAUUAGCUAUCCUGAGUAUGGUUUUGAGCAGAAAAAUGAAGAUUUUUUAAAUUCUUGGUUGUUUUUUUAAAGGUAGGUGUUACAUGUUUGUCUUCUGCAUGUAAUUACCAAGACAUGUCUGUGUUACGAUUUUGAGUUGAAAUAAGUUUCUGUAACAACUCUGAGAAAACUGACUACAUCAAGGAAGUGUUUUUCUUGACAAGCAUGAGAGGCAGGGUGGUUCCAGACUUGCGCACACUUGUGAUGCCACUAAGAACUAGUAUUCACAAAGAUCUAAAUUUGCCAUAAAAUUGUCAAAAAGACAAAUUUGCAGUGCAUGGUUGACCACCUCAUCUUACUCUCCCAGCAGGUACUUAGAGAACUAGUUAGUCUCAGAGUAAAAGAGAAAACUAAUGAAAUGACAGCCAAAAUGACAGCCAUUGACUUGUUUUGGUAGUGAGAAAGCAGCUCUAGGAUUUUUUUUUUUUUCUUUCAUAAUGUUUGAGAGCAGAGCAAACUAUUUUCAUCAAAAUAGGAAGUCAGUGCACAGCAUGGUAAUGCUCAUUUAGUUAAACUUUACUCAGUUGUACUCCGCAGCCCAUAGUAAUGUUAUAGGAAUAUACUGUUUUGUACUGGUUGCUUGUGCAGCUCAUUUAUAGCCAAUUAAAUCUAUAGGUCAGAUAGAAGAUUGCUUUUGGUAUCAAGUCAGACACUAAUAGCUCCUGUUCUUUUUAUCCACGUGCAGAGAAUGCAUACCAAUAAAGAUUAUAUGGAAUUAACCAGCAAAUGCAAAAUAACUUAUAAAAAGGGACUUCUGUAAUUGCUUUUAAGAUCCUAUGGAAGAAUGGAUCAUGAAUGGGAAAUUUACUUGGUAUAUGAUGUGAAAUUUACUUUGUAUUUUAAUAAGAGUUUUUAAAGUCUUAGAUAAGAUUUUUUUUUUAUUUUUAUUUUUCUCUAAAUCACCUGGAUAAUGCCACACUUGUAAAUACUGCAAAGUAGAAACAGUAAGGGUGGAUUCUAAUAGGUGACUGAAAAAAAAAAAGAGCCAGUAAGGCUUCCAUUAUAAGAUUGUUUUUGAACAGUAUGAUCAUGAUCAAAGUGUCAAUAACAGGAAAAUAAGACUAGAUUUUGAGCUAAUUUAAACUCUUUGUAGAUGGACUGAUGGAGGUGAGACUGCAUGGGGUGUAAAAAAGCACCACAUUUGGUCCAAGGUGUUUAUGUAGAACACCUUUGUGAGAGGUUUUGAGAUUGCUGGAGAAUUGCUCCUGCCUGUCAGCUCUUUGAAGGCUGAUUAUGUCUGUCUUGAUUCAGAGGCUGUCCUGGAGUCAGCCUUAAGAUGUGGAUGUUUUAUCACAUAUUUCUGGGAAAAUACAAUGUCAUCAAAGUAUCUUCAGUCUUCAUUCUUCAAUGUUUGCAGCUCAAUAACAUGAAGUCGAGAUUCAUGCAGAGCUAGCAGAUACUGAGGGGAAAUUGCUCAGCUAAAUUUGCUAAUGCACAAUUAAGAUUAAAAUUCAGAAAUUACCUUGGAUAGAUCCUCCUGGCAUCCUGAUAGGAGAAAGUUGGGGUCAGGAGGCUGGUGGAGUCUUCCCAUCUAAUCUAGCCAGCAGUGAACUGUCAUGCUGAUUGUCUUAUAGGAGGUUCUGAAGAUGAAUGAUAGGUUAAAGCAAAAAUACAGCCUGAAGAAAGUAAAUGUGAAGGCCAAAAAUUAUCAAAAUGUUCCUUGGGAGACAUAUGCCUGUACAUCCUCCAGGAUUUGAGCCUUUUAACUUUACUUUUAUAUUGCAUGUAUUGCUACUGCAGAAGUUUAUCAUCCUGUACAAGUGCCAUCGAGAUUAAAUGCUCUCUUUCAGCUUUAUGUAACCUUUGUCAGCAAUUUUUGAUUGGUGUUAAACUACACAAUGAAUUUUUUACUGUAGCAUUGAAUAGUUUGUUAUGGCUUGUGGCUACCUUAGCUUGGCUUUAGAUUGAAUGUUUGAAGUUUCAAGACUACUGUAUUUCUUUUAGUCAUGCAGCAUACUAAGCAAGUAUACUAAAGAAUUGUACAUUUCAUUUUAUGCAGGUUUUUGAUAGUUUUAAACAGCACAUAUAGGCAAAUCUCUCAGGCUUGUGCUGAUAUACAGGUGUAUUGUUUGCAGCUGUACAGAAAAGCUGUACCUUUCACUCACAGAGUACAAAUAUAGAGCAAUUGGUGUCAGUUUACUGUUAGCAGACAAAAGGCAUGAACACACAUGAAGUGGGUUGUGUAUGUGUACUUUCUUAUGGCUUUGAGAAGGAAGCGUUUAUGCCUUGCAAGAACACAGUUCUCAAAGUACUGUUUGUUACCUGCUUGAAAGUAAAGUGUCAGCGUAAAGAUGCUGUUUACCACUGUUAGUACUGCUUCCUCUGAAACUUUUUUGAUAAAGGGCUUUGGCCUGCAUUCAAAGUUCUUUGUUUUAAAAGAAAAAAAUAUAUGUAUAAGAGACAUAAUUUUAGGCUAACUUCUUCCCUUCACAGUAACUGGCAUUUAGCCUUUUUCAUUGGAGGAAUAUAAUCUAUCACAAGCAGGUAUGAUACUUACCUUUGUGAACUACAUCCAGGACCUUCAGUAAAAACCUGUCUGUGUGUCGAUACGUGCACCCCCAAGUGAGCAUGGACAGGACAAACAUUUAUUAUUUGGAAGCAUCAACUUCUAUUCACAGAAAACAUUUUGCCCUAUGAAUUUUUAUACACUAUGCACUUUUUAUGGCUGACUUACUGUAAUUAAUAAAAAAUAAAUGGAGUUUUAAAAGUGACA